UUGUCAGAACAGCUGUGGCUGGAGCCGGUGAGCAUGGCUGAGGAUGUGACUGUAUCACAGGAGACUCUAACAAGUGCUCUGACUCUGUUGGUCAACUUGAGCAAAGUUCUCCUGCAGAACGCCAAAGACGAUGCAGCAGUCUCCCUGGAGAAUUUAGUCCCGCAUAAGAUCACCACUUUGCUCGGCCUGAUCACGGUCGGAGCAGACUUUUACAAAAGCCUCGGGGUGAAAACGAAGAGUGAAGCGGAGGCUGUUUGGCAGAAGUUCUACCGCCAUGAAGAAGUCAGAGAGCAGGUGGAGGAGCUUCAGCAGCUGGAGAGUGACUGGGACUCCUUCCUGGAGAGUGUGGACACAGGCCUGCAGACAACACAUGAGCAGCUCUCAGGAGCAAAGACAGCAGACAGCCUAAGCCCUGAUACCACGUUCACAGACGCACGGAGUGGAAAGAGCGUGACUCUGGAUCAGUAUCUAGUCCAGGGUCAGAAGCUGCUGCUGGUUCUCAUCAGACAUGUCGGAUGACUGCCGUGACGAGACCACGUGGCCGAGCUGGAGGCCAGUCAGACCCUCCUGCAGGCUCGGUCAGUGCGGGUCUUGGUGGUUUCCUUCGCCAGCAUGGAGGGAGCUCAGGUGUGGUUGGAGCAGACUGGAUGUACCUUCGAUGUGGUGCUGGAUCCACAGAGAAAGGUCUACAGGAGUUUUGGCCUCGGCUCGUCCUACGCCAAAGUGAUGAAGUUCAGCUGCCUGCUACAGUACUCAGAGUACGGAGCUGUCAACAGAGACUUCCCUGACGUCCCUUCUCGUCUGCUGGAAGACAUCUAUCAGAUGGGAGGUGACUUUUUGCUGAACGACGCAGGGAAGGUGCUCCUCUGUCAUCCGUCUAAAACCCCUCUGGACAGGCCGACGGUGACAGACAUCCUGCAGGCUGCUAAGCUUUAAAACAUCAACAUUUGGACCAAAAGCUGUGAUAUCUGCAUGUCAACUUGCAGAUUUACUGAGCCAGAGUUGAUCAGAGGUUUAAAACACACUGACACCACAGAGGAAGAGCAGCUCUUUGACUCACUUUGAUGACGUCACGUCUUGCACUCAUGACAUCAUGAAGAGAUGUGAUCGAUGCUUAACUGUGAACAAAGACAACUGCUCUUCUUUGCUGUGUCAGUGUUUCACUGGAAGCAUUUAAGAAGUAGUGAAACGACAUUUAAUUAACACUUGAUUUUAUAGUACAUAUAUAUAUAUGUGUAUGAUAUUAAACUUAGAAAAAGACACUGAUUUGCUUUAGCAGUUUUACCGUUAAAAAUACAUCGUUGCAGGUCUUGGUGGUCCUAAAUGGUAGCUAAGGUGACAUUAUUAAUUUUGAAGGGUAUGAAAGGCUUCAUUACUCAGUAAUUUAGCAGUACAAUGCUUCAGCUGACUACUGAAUUGAAUGAAAGAGAAGUUCAAGAAAAAUAAUGUAAUCUUUUAAUGCAGAUAUAUUUUUAAAUAUUUUUACAGUAGAAAAAAUAUGUAAUUGCUGCUGUGUUGAUCUUUUUUAAUCUGUUAAUAAAAUAAGAAUAGUCAUGAACAGUUUGAUGUUUAGAUCCCUCAGGAUUACAGCAAAGCAAAUAUGAAGUACCAACAACUGGUUGCAGUAUGUGGUCAAUUAUGUCAUUGUUUUCUCUAAUUCAAUUUACAAUUUGGCAAAAAAUAUCCUGAGUUUAUGUCAAGUUGCGUGCAUUUAGACAAUAUUUAGCAUUUUAGAGCUUCAGCUGGUAUUGUUAGAUAAAAAAAACAACAAGAUUACUUACGUAUUUCUCAAAGUACGGUAUCAGAUGUUUUAUUUUGGUAUUGGCACUAAAAGUCAUUGUAUUUUAUCAGCACUGGUUGAAAAACCAAAAUGUACCCAGCUCUUGUGCUUCAGUGGACGACAACUGGACUUCUUCCUCAGCUCUAACUGGCUGGUGGCCCAUGCAUUUACUCUCACCUCCAGAUCACAUGGACUUGGAGGCUGUUAAUGACCCACGUGCCUUAAGGUUUGAAUGGUUGUGAAACAUGUAAAUAAUUGUGAAACUGACUAGUGAGGGAUCUCAGGACUGCAUUCUAAGUACUGAUAAGUGAACUAUCUAGAAUCUACUGAGGAAGGUUUUUAAAAUGAAAGGUGAAACAUCCACAAGAACCAAAAAAAGAAGUCCAGUUACCUUAAAAAAAAAAAAAAGCACUCAUGAUUACAAUGAUGUGGAUACUGGGAAUGUACUGAGGAAUUAAAUCUUUCUUUUAACUUUGAAUGUUGUUUGUUUAGAAGAUGAUGCUGUAAUUCAUGUCAACUUGUAGUAAAGAUUUAUAACACUC